AUUCUCCCACGGCACAAACCAUUUUUUACCAACUACCACUCAUCAUCUCAUACUUUACGUACCCUCUUUGGGUUUGUUUUGUCUCUCUAGAAUUUGUGAUAAAUUAGUCAUCCACCAAGUUUUGGAAUUUGGGUAUGUCUGUUUAUGUGGUGGCAUCAUUGGACCUAAAUUGGCAUCUUGGGUUGCUUGGUUUUGGAGAAAAUAAGGCAGAACCCAUUUCUGAAGACAAUAACACCAAAAUUUGGCUUCAGAAAUUCAUAUUGUGGCUACCAAUUGUAAUUUUUGGAAUAUGGUGGCUACUUCAUCAAUCAGAAGAGGAAAGAGAAAGCAAUCUCAAUGGCAAUGAGGUUGAUCAUGAAGGAGAGGUUGAUCAAUUGGACCAUUUUUUUAAGUCUCAUCAGGGAGAGCAGGAGCACCUUAGUAGUGAAUUGAACUAUUAUUUUGAUGGCGGUGAUCAUCUCCCGGCCGCCGCGCCCAGUGACAGCGGUGGGAGGAGACACGGUGGUUGUGCCUCUUGUGGAAAUUUAAGCACCACAAGGUGCUCUCGCUGCAAGGCUGCUAGAUAUUGCUCAAUGGAAUGCCAAAUUAUUCAUUGGAGGUCAGGGCAUAAAUACGAAUGUUCGGAAUCAAAGAAUAUAGCAGAUGAAGCAAGACCAACAACUCAUGAUCACGGAAUCUCCAAACUUGUUGAGAACUCUGAAAAGGAGAGUGCCUCUAAUGGGUCCAAUGUUGAUGAUGGAGUGAAGUGGAGUUUAGAAUCAGAUGUGGGUGUGGAAGUUUCAAGUGAAAGUGAUGUUAACAACAUCCAUGGUUGUGAAGUAUGUGGUAGAACAAGUACCACAAGAUGUUCACGAUGCAAAUCCGUCAAAUACUGCUCAGUAAAGUGCUUGAUUAUGGACUGGAGAUGGCACAAAGAUCAGUGCAUUGCCAGGGACGUGGAUUCAACUCCAAUAGAAAGAGCCCAUAGAGAUGUAAAUGUUGGAUUGCUCAAGAGUUCAUAUGAAGAGGAAGAAAAUAUUCAUUCGUCAUCUGAAGGAACCUCAAGCUUCAAAUCUCCAAUUGAAGCAUCACAGGAUCCUAUCAACAAAGUGUUAUAUCUCGAGGAUGAAGCAGCAAGGUCUAGGAAUGAAGCUUUAUUACUACAGUCAGAACUUGAAGACUGGAAGAAGCGAGCAAAUUUUGCUAAAGAAAGAUGGCAAAGCCUCAAGAAAGAAUCUAACCACCAGUUGCUUAAGUUGAAGAAUGAAAGGGAAUCAAUAUCAGAUGCUGAAAAGAAAGCUUGCAGUGUGAUUCGUAGUUUACAUGAAAGGCUAAAGCAUUUGCAGAAAGUAGUGCAAGAAAGCAUUGUAGAGAAGACAAAUCUUGAAGAACAUAUACAAAAUUUAGAGCAUGAAUGUGCCAAGCUCAACAAAGAACUGCAAGAAGAGCAUAAACGCUCUCAAUUUCUUACAGUGGAAUAUGAUAAAAGUCAUGAGGCUGCACAAAUAGCCAAGAGAGAAGUUGAAGCAGUAAGACAAGUGUUACAAGAAGAACGAGAAAAUGCUCAACGAAUUAUGGAGAAUUUUCGUAGGGAUGUUAUAUUUGCUGAAUCUAGAGCUGCCUUUGCUGAGGCAAAACUCAGUGAUCUUCAUAGGAAAAUAAGAAUUUCAGAUUAUAAGGUCUGUUCUAUAUGCCUCUGUAAUGAAAAGGACUUGGCUUUUGGAUGUGGGCACAUGACUUGUAGAGAGUGUGGAUUAAAAUUAUCAAAGUGUCAUAUAUGCCGUGAGCAGAUCACAAACCAUAUCAAGCUAUUCCCUGGGUGACUAUAUUUGGAUCCUCAUAUUAUUUUUUGUGGGCUCCAAAUAUAUUGUGUACAUAAAAUCCUGUAACAAAGAUUUUUACCAUUGUUACACAUUUCCCUUUUUACCUCUUAUGUUUCCUACAUGUGCACUAUCAGGUUAUUCAUACCCUGCUAUAGUACUACAUACAUGUUGUGUACUCCUGGAACCAACAUAUAGUACCACUAUUCAGCUACAUAGUUUGUUGACUUGACUGGCAAACUAUCACAUACCAUUAGAAAACAGACAACAAAAGUAAUCUAAUCCUCUCAUGGCUAAUGCAGUGUUACAUGGAGCCUAUUUGGGUAAACUUCUCUAGAAGCAUUUCUAGGAGGAAAAAAUAGAAAUGAAAUUAAAUAAACUUCUUGAUAUGCUAAAAUGAGCUCAUGCAUGUGCUAGUUUGUAGAAGUUUUCUGGUGUAACUUCUCAAAAAAAUCAUAAAUUAACUUAUGUACAAGCUAAUUUCUAUAGAAAAGUUUAUUUCAUGUUUUCAUCAUAUUUUCUUUUUCAGAAGUGUUUUUAGAGAAGUUUAUCUAAACAGCCCAUGGUGUCAAAUGGAAGAUGGGAUAUUAUACCUUAGAUCCUUGCAUCAGUUGUACUCAUCUAGUCCCUCAUGUCUUCUUUUAUCCCAAACUGAAAGGAAAAGGUAUAUAAUGAUGUCAACAACUGACCCUUGAAUGUAAACAGUGGAAACAUUUGGUUGCCUUGAACACCUAUGUAGUCCACAUUUCCACUACAAGAAUUCUGCAUAGCUUAUGUAAAUUACCUACCUAAAUAAUAUAGUCUCUUGUCUGCAGA